AUGCAAGAGAAGAUUCGAAUGCAUACCCCAUGGCUGCUGAGAUCGGAAAAGCUAAGAACGGAGACUGAGGCUCGCGGUGGAGAUGCGGCUGAGUCCAUCCCCACACUUGACAGCACUCAAAAAGCCUUCAAAUCAAACCCCAUUAAUAAGUUACUACACUUAAAACCUUCAACCACUCACAAAGCACAUAAGAAACUGAUUAACAAUCAAGAAAAAGGCUUUUUUCAAACGCUUUCAAGCGCCUGCACACUCUGUUUCCAAUCUUUCGAUUGGGGUAACCUCGACAAAGCCCAUUCCGGCACGUCUCUCAACCACAAUCCUUCGCCUGUCUCCUUGUGCUUAAAAUCGGGCGACCUCGGAUUUUUCUUGCCCAAUCUAUUAUCCCACCAUUUAUUCGGAUUUUCCACCAAACUCUUCCAAGAAUCUUCCCCUUUCGCGCCUUCAACUCGAUUUGCUGUCACAAACUUCACUUCAGACUCCUCCUUUGUUUCGCCAACCCCUUCACCACCUUCCGCUUUCGAUUGGUGGAACCUCGAUUGGGGUAACCUCGACAAAGCCCAUUCCGGCACGUCACUUAACCACAAUCUUUCACCCGUCUCCUUGUGCUUAAAAUCGGCCGACCUCGGAUUAUGCUUUUCCAAUCUAUUAUCCCACCAUUUAUUCGGAUUUUCCACCAAACUUCUCCAAGAAUCGUCCCCUUGCGUGCCUUGA